AAACCUCUUCUUGGACAGGAGUUUGAAGAAUUUGUCCAAACUUUGAGUGUUUUCCACCCAAAAACUCCUGAUGCAGUCAAAAUUACAUAUGCUUUUAAGUUAUAUGAUUUGAAGCACACCGGUUACAUCGAGCGUGAGGAGUUGAAGGAGAUGGUGCUGGCUCUUUUGAACGAAUCUGAUUUGAUUCUUUCAUAUGAUAUUGUUGAAAUGAUUGUGGACAAGACAUUCAUGGAAGCAUAUAGAAAAGCAGAUGGCAGGAUUGACGAAGAAGAGUGGAAGGAAUACGUAGCAGAUAAUCCUUCUCUACUGAAAAACAUGACUCUUCCAUACUUGAUGGACAUAUCUCUAACAUUUCCCAGGUUUGUGCUGAACUCUAAAGCAUAAAAAAUCCGAAUUAUAGACACGAAGCCAGAAAUAUUGCUGCAUGGAAUAUAGAAUAUGGAGAAGCAUACACAGUACACUAUCCUGUUUGGAAAAGUUUUGCUGACAAAAGAUGAAAGAGGAUGAUCAUCACAGUAAAACAGGCAAAAUGUACAAUAUAAAUAUAGCUUCACUGCUUGAGAGCUUCUAUACUGAUAGACCACCAUGGACAUGGAGAUUCUAAUUCUCUGUCUUAGUUGUUCAUAUUUUUGUUGAAUUUCACUGAUUUGUAUGGUCAAAACCAAAAUGUUCUCAAAUGUAUAGCAUCAUAAAUACUGCAAAUUCUAUAAAAGUAUCAUGCCCCCUUCUUUUC